AUGGAUCGCGCCCUCGACGACGUCAUUUCCGACCGCCAGAGAGGCGGCGGAGGCACACGCGGACGCAGAGGCCGCCGCACUGAAGACUACCCGCGAGACGGCGUAAGAAAGUCGAGCCAGAGAGAUGAUUCCAGGAACCUCGAUCGUGACUGGGUCCACGACCGCUACGAAGACGACGACGCCCGCCGCCCCUCCCGCAACCGCGGCCUCCGCUCCGAGCGUCCUUCACGCCGCAGCCCUGAGUACGAGAAGGAAGCCGGCUACGAGAUCCGCGUCGAGAACUUGCACUACGAUCUAACCGAAGAAGAUAUACGAGAGCUAUUUGAGCGCAUUGGCCCCGUCAAGACCGCCAAACUUCUGUUCGACCGCAAUGACCGCAGUCAGGGCAUUGCGCGUGUAAUCUACCACAGCCUUGCAGACGCACGGGUCGCCUGCCGUGAAUUCGAUGGUGCCAACGCACAUGGCCAGCCCAUCCGCCUGACACUCUUGCCGCCCGGUCCGUCUCGGCGCAACCCGUUCGAUUCUGUUGAGCGCCCUUCGCGCAGCCUGUUCGACCGUAUUGAGGGGAGCAGGAACCGAAGCUUGAGCCCUGACAGGCCCCGUCACAGCGAUGUUAGCAAGCCUGCGCCUGCUGGUAUCGACCGCUAUGUGCCUGGCGAAGACGACGGCCGCAGACGUUCGCCUCCUCGCCGUCGCGGCGGUGGAGGAAGGGAAGGCGGUCGCAGGCCUGGCGAGAGGAGACAGCAGCAGCCUCGCGGCGGCAAGAAGGGCGAUGAACAGGGCAGGCAGACGGCUGGAGGAAGGCCUAGGAAGACUGUUGAGGAGCUUGAUGCGGAGAUGGCAGACUACUUUGGUGGCGGCGGUGACGAUCAGGCCGCAGGCGGACAAGCUUCCAAUGGAGCCAGCCAGGCUGCUGCUGCCCCUGCUAACCCCGCGCCAGUCAAUGACGAUGACAUCGACAUGGUUGAGUAA